AUGGGGCUGUUAGCAUUGCUAUGGAAGCAUAUAAAUUGUGGUACAUUAACAAAUGAAGUGCAUUGCACUCGGAUUACACCAAUUCAGGGCAGUGCUGCAAAUAUGGAUGAUUCUGGAAAACGGAUUCAACAAAUCAGUACAACCGUUGCUGAUUUAACACUUAAAGAAACAUUAUGUCUCAAUUUCUCGGAUGGGUCGAAAACACAAAUUCACACAAUUGAAUACGUUCGAAUGGAGCAACAAUUCCCGGUAUCGGCAUCCUAUAAAUUUGGAAUUCCACUGAUUACAACAACGUGCAUUUGUGAUUGCGCUGGCGCUGAACAAUAUUGCAGCGUGGAUGAUUACAAAUAUAAAAAUUGCACGAAAAGCUCAGUUUGCUAUCGGACAUAUCAUGCGCAUCAGUCAAGUAGCGGUUGUUUGAUGUCAUCGAAAAGUGAAGUUUGUUGUGAAGUGGAAAUCGAACCAUAUGGGGGAAAAAUCUACACGGCUGUAAAAUUAACACAACCGGAUACUGUAAUCGUUUUGCGACAUCGCAUUUAUGAACGAAUAUCAAAUCGAUGGACUGAAGCAGCUUCUGAAGAAUUUGAAGCAGUUGUUAACAAAGGUUCCGCUAAAAUGGAAACAAUUGAUAAGCGACAGAUGGAAAUACGAGCGACAACAGGUCGAGUAAUUCGUGAAAUGUCAAAUGGAAUGUAUUAUUUUUCAAAUGAUAAUCGAAUAUUAAUGAUGGGUGCACGAUUAAAUGAACCGACUGAAAGUGACAUUCAUAAAUUGGGUUGGUUGAGAAAAAAAGACAAUUCGUGGUUGAUACGUAAUGGAAUGAUAAAAAUUACCGAUUCUCAGCAUAUGACAGUUGAAAAUUGCAAAGGACAGCGUUAUUUAACUCGAUAUAAUGCGGAAUAUUUUGUAACUUAUGGUGAUCGUUUGAUUGAUCUUGAUCUUGGCUAUCCAAUCGAUGAACAAAAUUGGAUUGAACGAGCAGAAAUUUUAAAUGAUGAUCGAGCAGUGCGAAUUAUUCAUGCCGAAGGCACUGUAAUACAUAUUAGCAUUAGCAGUGGUACCAGGCCUAUUAUUGUGCGACAUGCCUCACAUUUGUUAACAUUCAACGGAACAAUUCGUAUGGAUGAACAAUCAAAUCGAUUCCUCAAUCUUACUAUAUUAGUAAAUUUUGCAUUAACAAAAUUAAAUCAGCAUGAAAUUAUAAUAAAUAAUAAGAAAUGCAAUAACGAAUUUCUUUUAGUUAAACAUUUCGAAGUGAAUUUUGUGCCAAAAAAUCCAACUUAA